UUCCUUCCUCAGUUUCUGCUCCUCACGACAGCAGCCUGCAGGCCUCAGCUCCUUUGGCUGGCUGCCUCUCCGCCUCCACGCCGCCUCCACCAUGACGCCCCUUCUGUUGCUCACCCUUGCAGCCACCCUUGCCAAAGUUUCUGGUCAGACGUGCCACUACGAAGGGAAAACGUUCCCCGCCGGUUCGGAUGUGCCUACAGGAGAAAAGUGCCUAUCCUGUCAGUGUGGACCGCAAGGCGGAGCCCCCAUCUGUCGCCUCCAGGUUUGCCCAGAACUUCCCGUGCCACCACCAAAAGGCUGCGUCUUGGUGCACAAACGAGAGGAAUGUUGCCAAAAACUUAUUUGCGAAGAGCACGUUGGUGAGACGGCGCUGCAGAUCGAGAGGCGCGACGGAUCCGAGGAUUUGGAAGCUGCGAAUCUGACAGCCGAGGACGGAGUGGGCUGCGUGGUGAAUGGGACUCGCUACGCCGAGGGCUCAGCCAUGAGUUCCUCAACUUUGUGUGAAUACUGCUACUGUGUGCGUGGGAAACAACAGUGUGUCAAGCCGCGGUGCGAAAUGCCUCUCGAAGGAUGCACUCCCAAGUACAGAGCGCUCACCUGCUGCCCCGUCAGCUACGACUGCUCUCCAAAUCAAAAAGCUGUCACGUCGACGACCCCAGUUCCUCUGAGACCGAACGGCUGCAUGGUGGAGGGAAGCCAUCACAAGGACGGAAUGCAAGUGCGCGUUUUGGCGAAAAACUGCGAGCACUGCUAUUGUCUGCGAGGAGUUGUGCGCUGCGUCAAACUCGAGUGUGCGCCACCCUUGCUGGGCUGCGAGCCGGUUUUCGCCAAGGGAAAGUGCUGUCCGGUGCAAUACAACUGCAGCAAAAUCAUGACGGAGCCACUUUACCAAGAGCGGAGUUCAGGAAACUCUUCAAUAUUCCUCCAACUGUCUGACGGCGUGCGAAGUCUGAACUCGCUGAAUGCCAUCGAUUUGAGGAAACACCGUGAAAUGACGAAAAACGAGUCGGCCGAUUCAACAACCAUGAGGAGCACGCCAUUCGUAGAAAUUUUGAGACGCAUUGAAAGCGAAAGUGCGGAAAUUCUGAAGAACGAGGAGAUUUUGGAGAGCAGAAGAAUAGAGGACGUGGUGACGACGGAGAGUCCUGCCGGAGACCAGGCCGAGUCAAGGAUGGACGAGACCACCGAGAUUUACGAGACGACGACGAGCGAAGCCCCUGAAAUCACGACCACCCUGAUGGAACCCGCCGAACCCUUCAAACUCGAGAUUCUCGUCAGACAGCCCGACCCGCCGUCAACCACGGCGGCUCCGACCACUUCCACCCCUCCACCCUUGAAAACCACUACUGCGCAGACCGUGGUGUUGUCCACGGCGUCUCCGUUCAUCAGUGACAGGGUGGACGUGUUGGACGAGCUGGACGAGACGACCAUGGAACUGCUCGAGAUGAUGCACAAGGAGGCGGCGGCCGCGACCUCCACCACCACCAGGACCACUUACCCGCCGCUCAUCGAAGUUCUCCUCAGCGCGAAGAACAACGAAGACACCACCUUGGAAAACGAAUACGGAGAGGCCCUUCCGCCCUCUUUGCCCAAUAUUACGAUGAUUCCCUUUUUGCCCGAGGACGCGGUAAUUGAGAAGAAAAUGAGCUCAGUGGAUUUCAACGCAAACGAGUCGAGCACGCAAUUUGGCGGAUCAGGAGUGCCCGUCGUGGGAGCAAUUCCUCCGAAGCGGUUCUCUCCUCCUUCGUCGCUAGUUGGCGGAUUUUUACCGCGCCAACCUCUGCCGACUGACGAGAGCAGCAGUCAAACCCCGAACGAAAUUUUGACCUCGAUUCCCCAACUGAUUUCCAUCACGACCUCAGUCCCUGAGUUCGAAAUGGACUCGCACACGGCCGAGUCGAUCGCCUCCACCACCAAAGACGUGCCUCUCGCGUCCCACAUCAGGGUGGCCCUGAACACAGGGCCGAAACCUUGCACCACCCCCGACGGCCGUCAGGUCAAACACGGCGACCUGCUCGCGUCUCCAGGACCCUGCGAGGUGUGCAAGUGCGACCACGGCACUGUGCUUUGCCACGAGGAGGUUGAAUGCAUGAAAUUGAUCAGAGGUAACGACAUCGGCGACAUGCAGAAAAGGGCGGACGUGAACGCGAGUCUGCCGGCGGCGGACACCAAGGUGGCCAAGGACGAAUUUUCGCUGGACAGCGUUUUCAAAUUCCUGUUCGACCCGGCGCCGGAAGGGGCGGCGGGGGCUGCGGGGGCGGGCACGGCGACCGUGCCGCCGACCAUGACGCCGCCACCGGCCCACCGGUUGCCGCGGCCGCGGCCCGUGCGGCCCAAGGAGCCCAACUCGAUCGCGGGCAUGCUCAAACUGGCCGGCUGCAACAUUUACGGAAGAAUGUACCGAGUGGGCAGAAUCAUUUCGGAGCUGUCGGAUCAAUGCCGCGAGUGCAAGUGCACCGAACUGGGCGUCGAGUGCCAACCCCUUUACUGCUGAACACCCCCAUCAAUCAAUCAAACUGUGUCAUGCCAAUUUUCAUACAUGCUUCCCCACACUUUGUAUAUUAGAGAUGUUCAACAGACGAGAGAUGCGCAGUCAGCGAUUGGCGCUGGAGACGAUUUUUCUCCCAUUUCAAUUCCAUCAGUUUAAACUGUUGACCUUGGCUAUUUUAAUAAUUAAAAAGUAAAUAUUGUCUUGUUUGAUUAACGUUUGGACAAAAUCAAUAUCAGUGUGAAAAUAUUUCAUUUAAACAGUCUCUUUUCUAAUUAAAAUCAAUCAAAAUGUCCCCUGAAUCAUUAUGCUUGGCAAAAAUUUUAAUUUUUAUGAAAAUAGACAAAAUAAUUGCUGGCUUUAAAUGUUCAGAAAUUAUUCUGCUCUCAAGAAGUGCUUCCUUUCAGUAAUUUAUUAAAUUAUUUUUGCUUUUUUCCCUUUAUUUUUGUCUUUAUUUAUUUUUUUGUAUUAGGGAUAAGACAAUUUUUGAAAGUAAACAAAUCCACAUUUCUGGCUUGAAAUUCUCUGUUCGAUCACUAAAGAAAUGUCAUUAAUUUUGAUGUCUGGUUCUAAAAAUAUUCAAACUUUACAUAAACACAACUGUUUCAAAAGUUACAGCAGUUCAAACAGAUAUAGCAUUCUUUAACAUUGGAGAAAAAUCGCAUCUGGCGCAAACCUCUGAUGACGCUUCUCAUUGUCAAUUCAAUAAUACAAUCUUCCAGCUUCAUUUUUCUCAGCUCAAGAAAAAUCGAAUUUCUCCUGCGAGGCAAAUUUUGUGUGUGAAAAAAAAACUCAUUCAUUUUUAGCUAUAGCUUUUACAUUCAUAUGAUCGUUCUUCAAAAUGAUCUCACUCAAAAUCAUAAGAAAAAAUUCCAAUAUAUCUCAACAGUAAGUCCCUAUUUUCUCUUUCUCACAAUCAGUUAUGAUUUUGUACUUGACAGACCUGAGGCUUUUUUUUGUACAUCUUCACUCAAAAUGGUGCAUUUGCAUUGAAUUUAAUGUAAGUACCUGAUAAGGAUAAAUUUAAGUCACUUUCAUCAUGAUCCAACCGAACUAAAAGAAAAAAAAAUAAUGUAGAACAGCAAGAAGUAUUGUGUAAUGGGUGGCAUUCCAGUAUUAGUUCAUAAGUUUCAAAGAGGCUCCAACAAAAUCUCUUGAGUUGAUUUUGUUUCACUUUUAAUUGUAUACUUAGCGAAGCGAUAAAAUUCGGCUGACAACUUGAAAACUUUUUGCUGACGUGCACUCUGAAAAUUUGUGAACAUAAAUCACAGUUUUUUUUUUAUCUCUUGGCCUGUCAGCCAAAUUUUCAGGCGCGUGUACUACAUUAGAGAGUAAGGAAGCGUGUUUUUCAUUCUCGGUAGCCAUAUAUUUUCAUUCUAAAAAAAAAAAUGUGGAUUACUUUUAUUGCACGCACGCUUUGCAUGCGGAAUCCAAUUUUUUCGACGGAAUAAUGUGCAGCGCAAUAUAAUAAAGAACGCCGUGGAAAAUUGCUUUUAACGAGUAGCGGAAUAAAAAAAAUAAAAAAGCUCAUUUUUCUCUUUUUAAUAGCGCCGC